AUUUGGUGGUUUGCUUCACCACUCCCGCCUAGCUAGAGAGAGAGCUCUGGCGCCCCCACAACGCUCACCGACGGGCUUGCGCGCUCGGUCGGCUUUAGCGGCUCGGCGGCCAUGUUUUUCCGGACCACACCGGCGAAACUCGGGUCCAGCUGGAGCUUGCGGCAGAAUCGUUUCUGAUGGAGCUCGUUUGCUUUAACGUCGAAGCAAGCAACGUCUGUCCUUUUGCCCUCGUCGUCGGUCAUCGCGAGUUUUCCUUCCAUACCCCACGUCCCCAAAGGCGAUCGCCUCUCUCCACUCAGAAUGUUCAAGCUAGGCCGCAGCCGCGCCCUGGCCUCGGCCCUGAAUGCCACCAAGCUUCAGGUCGCCCCUUCAGUCAGGCUGCCCGGCGUCGCGCAACAACGACGCGCUUUGAGCAUCCACGAGUACCUGUCGGCCGACCUCCUGCGAAAGUAUGGUGUCGGCGUUCCCAAGGGCUCCGUAGCCAAGACGGCCGAGGAGGCCAAGAACGUGGCCAAAGAGAUCGGCACCGAGGACAUGGUCAUCAAGGCCCAGGUCCUCGCCGGUGGCCGAGGCAAGGGCUCCUUCGACAACGGCCUCAAGGGCGGUGUCCGCGUCAUUUAUUCGCCUCACGAGGCAGAGAUGUUCGCUGAGCAGAUGAUCGGUCACAAGCUCAUCACGAAGCAGACGGGCGCCGGCGGCCGACUUUGCAACUCCGUCUACAUUUGCGAGCGCAAGUUUGCGCGCCGCGAGUUUUACCUGGCCAUCCUUAUGGACCGUGGGUCGCAGACGCCCGUAAUCGUCUCUUCGUCUCAGGGUGGCAUGGAUAUCGAGACGGUCGCUAAGGAGACUCCCGAUGCCAUCAACACCACCUACGUUGACAUCAACAAGGGUGUGACGGACGACAUGGCGCGCAGCAUCGCCACCAACCUCGGGUUCAGUGAGCAGUGCAUCGAGGAUGCCAAGGACACAAUCCAGAAGCUCUACAAGAUUUUCCUCGAACGCGACAUGACGCAGAUCGAGAUCAACCCCCUGUCCGAGACCUCAGACCACCAGGUACUUUGCAUGGACGCCAAGUUCGGCUUCGACGACAACGCCGAGUUCCGCCAAAAGGAGGUCUUUGAGUGGCGCGACACGACGCAGGAGGACCCCGAUGAGGUCAGGGCUGCCCAGUCAAACCUCAACUUCAUCAAGCUGGAUGGUGACAUCGGCUGCCUGGUCAACGGCGCGGGCCUCGCCAUGGCUACCAUGGACAUUAUCAAGCUCAACGGCGGCCAGCCGGCCAACUUUCUCGAUGUCGGUGGCGGUGCGACGCCUGCUGCCAUCAAGGAGGCGUUUGAGCUCAUCACCAGCGACCCCAAGGUGACGGCCAUUUUCGUCAACAUCUUCGGCGGUAUCGUGCGGUGCGACGCCAUCGCGCAGGGCUUGAUCAACACGGCCGAGUCGCUGAAUCUCAAGAUCCCCAUCAUUGCGCGUCUGCAGGGCACCAACGUGGAGCAGGCGCACAAGCUCAUCAACGAGUCGGGCAUGAAGAUCUUCUCCAUCGAUGACCUGCAAAACGCGGCCGAGAAGGCGGUGCAGCUGUCCAAGGUUGUCAAGCUGGCGCGUGAUAUCGACGUCGGCGUCGAGUUCACGCUGGGCAUCUAAGGAAGGGGCGGGUUGGGCAUGUCUGCCUCGGUACGAAUGGUAGACACUGCGUGUAACAUCUCAUUAGGGGCAAGGGCAGGUCUUUUGAUCCGGGCCUGCGUCGGGCGUGGCGAGUGUACUGUGCUGUAGCAUGCAUCAACUUUCCCGUGCUGGGACGAGUCGGAGACACGUGUUGGGUGAUCUAGUACGCUUACUUUUUAUAGACGUGACAGGGCUGUCAAUUGUGUGUCUGCUGCCGGCGCCUCCCGAGAUGCCGGGCAAUGUAAUCUCGUGUGCGUGAAAGUGGAACCUGUCUCAGCGCCCGAGGAUCUCUGAUGGUGACGACCAUGGGCGGGCGCAGAACCUCGUCAACUCCCUGGUCCGUCAACUGUCUCGCCAACGUGAGGCGAUGGAUCGAUCUUAAACCUGGUGGCGAGGAGCUUGCAAGGGACCUUUGCAUCGAGGAACUGGGGCGGAGCACACGAGUGACGAGUUGUUGCCAACAGGUGAGAGUCGUUUUGGGUUAAUGAGCGAAAUGACACGGCGGGAUGUAGGCAGCAAGAUUGUGUAACGACACCGGAAACGAGAGUGAGGUCUUUGCUUCUUCUAUGCACCUUCUUUUCUUGAGAGAAUUGAUACGUGUUCCACCUCGACCAAACUUUGGGGGUCGGAGAGAGGGAGCGGCGGCUCGAGGGAGCCGAAGGCCAGGAUGCAGGCC